ACCCUGUCUUGACAGACUAAACAAAAACAAACUCCAGCUUAAGCUGGGUCAGCAGGAUGGCUCAGUGGGUAAAGACUCAGCCUGCGUUGUACCCCCGGGAACCACAUGGUAGGAGAAUGCUGACUCCACAAAUUGACCUUUGACCUCCACAGCCGUGUUGUGGCACAGUAACGUCCCCCACAAACACACACAUAUGAAACAAUGUCAAAAGAACCUCAACCUGAGGUCACAUCCCGGGUCUGUGAUCAGGGUGCGACCUCAUUCAGCCAACCUUAGGGUCUCCCCCCAACCCUCUAGCACUUUGGGGUACUGGGCGUGGUGGGGUGACUAGGCUGAGGUGAUCUGCCCUGAAGGUUCCCAGGGAACUCGGCUGUCACAGAACCCAUUGUGCUGUCAUAGCCCCGGGGAGUGUCUCUGGGCAGGCCCUGCCUGCGCUCACUGCGGAGGAAAAGCUUGGACAGGAGGACCCCAGGCCGCUCUAACCUGGGCUAACAGGAGGGGCCACCGCCCCACAGUCCCGCGAGGCCAUGAGAGCCUUGGUGUAGAGCCCUGUGAGGGAAGCCACGAGAGGAGAGUCCUGUCUGGGACUAUAACCCAUGGGGGAGCCAGAACCCAUGGGGGGAGCUGGAGAGGGGCCUCAGAGGGGGUGUACAGGAGACCACGGUCCUGUGGCGGGACCCCUGAGGCAGGCCCAGCCUGUGAAGGACAGAGUGGAGGGGUGUGAGGGGGAGCGCAGCCCGAGACCCCUGAGGGAGUGUGUGAGGCGACGUCUGAGGGGGGUCGGGAAGACCCCUGGGAAGGAUCCUGUGAAGCUGCCCUCAAAAAGAGCCCUGGGGACUCCCAGGACUUGGAAGAGCCACCUCUGGGUCCCUGCGAGGGGGCAGGUGAGGAGCGCACAGGGAACCGCCUCUCAAACAGCCGUCUGGGGCGCCAGGAAGGAGGUGCGGGAGACCCGGCGGAGACACGAGAGGCGCCUGGUGGAGGUGGACAGCAGCCGGCAGCAGGAGUACGACUUCAAGAUGGCCCAGGCCCUGGAGGACCUGCGCAGCCAGCAUGACGAGCAAGUGCGGCUGUACCGCCUGGAGCUGGAGCAGACCUACCAGGCCAAGCUGGACAACGCCAAGCUGAGCUCGGACCAGAACGACAAGGCGGCCAGUGCCGCCCGCGAGGAACUCAAGGAAGCCCGCAUGCGCGUGGAGUCCCUCAGCUACCAGCUCUCAGGCCUGCAGAAGCAGGCCAGCGCUGCCGAGGACCGCAUCCGCGAACUGGAGGAGGUGGUCGCCGGCGAGCGUGACAAGUUCCGCAAGAUGCUGGACGCCAAGGAGCAGGAGAUGACGGAGGUGCGCGAAGCCAUGCAGCAGCAGCUGGCCGAGUACCAGGAGCUGCUGGACGUCAAGCUGGCCCUGGACAUGGAGAUCAGCGCCUACCGCAAGCUGCUGGAGGGCGAGGAAGAGAGGCUGAAGCUGUCCCCCAGCCCGUCCUCCCGCGUCACCAUCUCUCGGGCCACCUCGAGCAGCAGCAGCAGCAGCGGCGGGGUCGGCAUGUCCGUGGGGCGGGGCCGGGGCAAGCGCCGGCGGCUGGAGACCGAGGACACCCAAGGCUCCCGCAGCGGCGGCGGCCAGGGCUCCAGCCUGGGCAGCGGCUCCCGCCUGGCCCAGCAGGCCGCGGUCACGGGUGUCGUGAGCAUCGACGAGGUGGACCUGGAGGGCAGGUUCGUGCGGCUCAAGAACGCCUCGGACAAGGACCAGUCUUUGGGGAACUGGAGAAUCAAGAGACAGGUCCUGGAGGGUGAGGACAUUGCCUACAAGUUCACGCCCAAGUAUGUCUUGCGGGCCGGCCAGACCGUCACGGUGUGGGCAGCUGGCGCAGGGGUCGCCCACAGCCCGCCAUCCACCCUGGUGUGGAAAAGCCAGAGCAGCUGGGGCUCAGGGGAGAGUUCCCGCACCGUCCUGGUCAACGCGGAUGGAGAGGAGGUUGCUGUGCAGGCCGUGAAGCAGACAAGCGUUCAGGUGAGCGAGAACGGAGAGGAAGAGGAAGAGGAGGCGGAAUUCGGCGAGGAGGACCUCUUCCACCAGCAGGGGGACCCGAGGACUACCUCGAGGGGUUGCCGGCUGAUGUGAAACCUGCCCCAUGGUCACCAAGGUCCCCAAGGCCCUGAAAUUAUUUUUUUCUAGUCAGCUCUAACUAGUCCUUGGUACAUUUCUAGAUGACUGUUAAGCGACCGUGAGAAUGUGGGUGGGCUGUGCUGGGUUUCCUGGGGUGGGUCAUCUGCCCGCGGCUCCACCCUCUCCACCGUCCUCCCCAUGUCCCCUUGGUGAUAGAGAGGCCGGGCCAGGGGCCUGCAGGCUGAGGGACAGGAAGGAGCGUGGCUGCUGGCUCAGGGCAGACCUAGCGUGAAACUACAGUGAUUCACUCAUUGAAUUUUCUUUGAAGCUUUUUAAAUCAAAUCAAAUUCAGAAUCUGGGCUGCAGAGGUCAUCACCAGCCUGUCUGGACUUGGUGGCUCUUCAGACAGGGCAGACCCUCCACUCCUGGGGUUGGCAGCACAGAGGAACGCCAGCCCUGAGCCUGAAUGAAGGGUCUGUGACUGUCCCCAGCCUCAGGGCAUCUGAGGCGGCUCUGGGCCCUGAUUCUAGAACAUUCUAGUCCCUUCUGAAGCCGAGGACCAAGAAGGAGGCAGCCCACACCCGAGACAACUCCUUUCCUAAGAUCGUCACUCCGUAGGCUGAGGGACAGACAGACCGUGGGCGCCUACCUUCAGGAGCAAAGUCUGCGGGUUCCCAGCCAGGGACUGCUCGCAGGAGUGUGUCCGCACGCGUGUCCACCCUGCAUGGCCCCUCUGUCCUGCCCUGCCGGCUUGGCCUGAACGUGCUGCGGUGGAACAUGGUUCCACGCGCUCCGGGUGCCAGCCGGCUCUCACCUGUCACCUCCACCCCCACCACAGACACACAGUAUUUUUUUAACGGAUAUUUAUUUUUUUACAUCAGUAAUGCAGCUCACUGCCGGGCUGCUGCUCUGGGGGUUCAGGCCCAGGGCUGCCCGGGGUGGAAGUCACCUGACCUUCAGCUUCCUCUGCUGAGCCUUGGGGGGUGCUGACUCCUGGUACAGCCCCGUGGUAAGAGUCUCAGGUGGUAGUUCAGGCCCAGUCUCCCCAAGGCAAGAGCUCGCGGCCACAGGAGGCCACUGCUGCCGCCGACCCCCAGAACCCGCCAUCCCCUCCUGCUCCUCGAUACCUCCGUUUUCGUUAAGUGACAGGUGUUGGGUCCUGGACUGUGUCUCUAAUUGGCUUCUGGAUGGUCGUGACAGGCCGCAGUCACACGCAGCCUUGCCCACGGGGCGGGCGCCCCCCGGUGCACGGGCACCUGGUGAUUGGGGAGCGGGGUUGGAGUAAUCCGCAGUCCCACAGGGGCCCCGUCCUGGCCCCGGCGGGACAGGCGGUUAUUGGGGUGGCGCUGCGGCUGGGGAGCAGCUUGCACUGCGCACAUCGCUCAGCUUUACAGGUGGUUUCUUUUCUAAGAUGCAUGCCAAACGUGUGUUCCGCCUUUUUUUUUCCCCUCCUAUGAUUUGUAAUAUACAUUUUACGACUGGAAACUUUUGUACACUCAAAUAAACACUUUGAUUUUAA